UAGUCUGGGACUUAACAUAUCUGGGAGAUCAUCCUUAUAUCUGCCUUCACUCCCUGCUCCAUUCUGAUGCUAGCAAAACUGCAAAGCCACCAGCCUUCCAUACGUGAAAUCCCCAAGGCCUCCACGUUUCCCUCCAACUUCCUGGCUGCAGCUGCCUCACGGAUAUCCACUGAGUGAAUCUUCCCCAUUAUGGAGAGGGGCACGGUAGGAAAGUUGCUACAUGCUUUAAACUGUGCUCACUUUGUGCCCCUGGGAUACUACAGGCUUGAAAUAAUGAAACCAAGAAGCUUUUCAUUAUUUCUCAUGUUGCUUGGGGUUUUCCUGUCAGCCUCGUGGGGAUGGAUGGAAUCAGACAGGAGCAGAAGACUUGAUUUGGAUGCCGGGAGGUUGCGCCAAGAGGAAUCCAGAAGCUUUGAAGUCACAAGAAGAAAAGUGCUCUAUGGACAAGAUGGCCUACAUGCAUCAUGUGAAAAGAAAUUCUGUGGUCGGGGAAGUAAGUGCGUGGUUAACAAGGAGACUGAUCAGCCGCAAUGUAGAUGCUUAGAAGAUUGCAAACCUAGUUACAUGCCAGUAUGUGGAUCUGAUGGCAAAUUUUAUGAAAAUCACUGUGAAAUCCAUCGAGCCUCAUGCUUGCAAAAAAAGAAAAUCUACAUUAUCCACAGCAAGGACUGUUUCUUCAAAGGUGACACUUGCACAAUGGCAGACUACAAUCGGCUUAAAAGCAUUCUCCUGGACCUUCAAGCUCAUCGCCAGAGCAAACUGGGCAACCCUGUAGAGGAUAAAACAUCGCAGAAGCGCUUCUUAGUUGAAGAUAUGUUUAAGUACUUGGAUAUAAACAGUGAUGGACACCUCAGCAGCUCUGAACUGGCUCAGCUAGUGAAAACAGAUGAUCUAGAAGAUGAUUUCUUGGGAUGUACGCUAGAAGAUCUUCUCCGAUUUGAUGAUUACAAUAAUGAUGGUUACUUAACCCUGCAAGAACUUUAUACUGCAUUCCAAGUGGUUCAACUCACUCUUCCCGAAGACCAGAAGGUCAGCGUUACCACCGUAACAGUCGGACUGAGCACUGUAUUGACCUGCACUAUCCACGGAGCCCUAAGACCCCCAAUUAUCUGGAAGCGAAAUGGAGUCAUCCUGAACUUCUUAGAUUUGGAAGAUAUCAACGAUUUUGGAGAAGAUGAUUCCCUCUACAUCACCAAGGUAACAACUAUUCACAUGGGCAAUUACACCUGUCAUGCCUACGGCUAUGAAGAGCUAUAUCAGACCCACAUCCUUCAGGUGAAUGUGCCACCAGUGAUUCGUGUAUAUCCUGAAACUCAGGCGCAGGAACCUGGUGUAUCUGCAAGCCUCAAAUGUCAUGCUGAAGGGAUUCCUAAUCCCAAAAUCACCUGGCUAAAGAAUGGUAUUGAUAUCAUGCCAAAACUCUCCAAACAACUAACACUCUUAGCAAAUGGAAGUGAACUUCAUAUCAGUAGUGUUCGAUAUGAAGACACUGGUGCCUAUACCUGCAUCGCCAAAAAUGAAGUGGGAGUGGAUGAGGACAUAUCUUCUCUCUUCAUUGAAGAUUCAGCCAGAAAAACCCGCCUCAGCGUGGGAAACAUGUUUUAUGUCUUUUCUGAUGAUGGCAUCACAAUCAUUCAGCCAAAUGAAUGUGAGAUCCGAAGACACGUCAAACCCAAUGAAAGAAUUUUUACAAGUUAUGAAGAGAUAUGUCCUGAAGUUGAAGGUGAAGCCACUCAGUCCUGCCUCUGGGCUUCAGCCAUCAAUGUCAGAGACAAGUAUAUUUAUGUGACACAGCCCAGGCAAAAUAGAAUACUGAUUAUUGAUAUCCAGACCCAGAAAGUCAUGCAGUCUGUGGAUGUUGAUCCCCUACCUACCAAAUUACAUUAUGAUAAGUCACAUGACCAAGUCUGGGUCCUUAGCUGGGGUGAUAUGCAGAAGUCUCAUCCAACACUGCAGGUAAUAUCAGAGGCAAGUGCAGGGGAAAAUCAGCAUAUCAUCCGGACACCAUUUGAAGAAGUGGAUGAUUUUUUUAUACCACCUACUAAUCUUAUUAUUAAUCACAUUAGGUUUGGUUUCAUCUUUAACAAAUCGAAAUCUGCAGUUCAAAAAAUUGACCUGGAAACUGUGACCCACAUCAAGACUAUCAGCUUCAAAAACUAUAGCUGCAUCCCACAGACCAUGGCCUAUACACACUUGGGUGGCUACUUCUUUGUCCAGUGUAAAAAGAAUACGUCGGUAACUGCAUUUCCCCAGCUUAUUAUUGACAGUGUUACAGAUUCUGUGAUCGGCCCCAACGGUGACGUAUCGGGCACACCCUAUAUUUCACCUGACGGAUGCUUUUUGGUCAGUGCGGAUGAAGACAGUGGCAGGAUCAAGGUCCAGGCAAUAACCAUCCAAGGGGAAAUCAAGUUGAUUUAUGACUUACAAACAAAUGUGCAUAUAUCUGAUCUGACAUUUCAACCCUCUUUCACUGAAGGCAACCAGUACUAUAUAUAUGCUACUUCACAUUUGCAAACAGAUGUGCUUUUUGUAGAGCUGUCAACAGGGAAAAUGAAUGUCCUGAAGAAUUUAAAGGACCCUAUCAUAUCCAAAGACUGGCCAUGGAGCAGCCACAACAGAAUUAUGAAAGACAGUGGAUUAUUUGGACAGUACCUUAUUACACCAGCUAAAGAUUCACUGUUUGUUAUUAAUGGGAGACAAAACACAUUACGCUGUGAGAUUUCAGGUAUCAGGAGAGGUAACACAGUGGUCUGGGUUGGAGAAGUAUGAAAGGGCAAAAAAGUAGAG